AUGGGCAGGGGGCUGGGCCUGCUCCUCCUGGAGUUCCUUGUGGACGAGGGGCCCGGCGUCUGCACUCUUUGUCCCCCCAGCCCCGAUCAGCCACCUGCCCCAGCGCAGCGCGGCACCCCGUCGCACCCCGCUCAGGCAGGAGGCCGGUCAGGCCUGCCCCCUGGCUGUCGAGAGGCCAGGCCCACAGAAGCACAGCGGACGGGGGAGCUGCAUCCUCUCCCAGGAAGAAAAGGCGUCUGCCCGCUGCGGGCCUGCAGAACCUUCCGAGGCGCCGCUCCCCUCCGUGUUCUGCUUGGUUAA